ACGGUAAAGAUGCCCCCCCUAUCCAUUGGCCCCUCCCCAUCAUGGAUGGCAUGUCGUGCUUGUGAUUUCCAGUCUUUAUAAGGAAACCCAACUGCCCUUUUUCUUCCCUUUCCCUUCCCGUUCGCUUCAAGUUUCCAUACACAGCACCACUGGCUGUCACACUCUCUUCUCAGAUCAAAAAGCUUUCCCUCACACCUCUUCCCUUCCUCCACCGUCUCGGAGGAAGCACCUUUCAGACACCACCUUUCCGAGGGUUGAGAUCCUUUGACAGCCUCGGAGAUGGCCGACCUCAUUCGGCACCACGACCGUCACGAUCCCAGCAUCGGCGAGAUUCCCGUUCCCCAUGGCCCAGCAACGGGGAACGAACACGACCACUACCCGGCUGGCGGAGCCACGGACCAUGAGCGCUCCAUCUUCGCCCACUUGACCCAUCCGGACGACUGCUACACCCCCGAUGGGACCUACUGGGCCGACCUCCCGCUCCGGAAACGCGUGGCCUUCGUCAACAAGGUCCAGAAUGAGGAGGCCAAGAGGGAGCUCGCCGCCAUUGGCAGCAUGCUCAAGGCCGACCCCCUCAGCCCCGUCUCCUGGUACUUCCGGAAUGCCGUUCUCCCCGGUGCCGGCCUCGGCCUCGAGGGCUAUGUACUCUUCAGCAUUGGCAACCUCGAGCCGCUCUUCCGUUCCGCCUGGCCCACCUGCUGGGGGAAGAACCCGACCGAGUGCAGCGCCAACUGGAUCGCCUCGGUCACUUACCUCGAGGUGAUCGGCAUCAUGGUUGGCCAGAUGGCCGUCGGUGUGAUCGGAGACUGGAUCGGCCGCCGCUGGGGUCUCAUCCAGGACGCAGCCAUCAUGUUUGUCGGCUUGCUUAUGAUCACGGCGAGCUGGGGGCUGAAUCUGAACGGCUGGGUUAUUUGCUACGCCUGGUCCUUGUUCUUCUACGGCUUUGGUGUCGGCGGCGAAUAUCCCAUCACCGCGACAUCCUCCAUGGAGAACGCCGUCUCGGCUGGUAAACUCUCGACCCGCGAGGAUCGCCUUCACCGCGGCCGCAAGGUCACCAUGGCUUUCCUGAUGCAGGGUUGGGGCCAGCUCAUCAACCAGGCCAUGCUGAUUGUCCUGCUCUUGAUCUUCCACCAUGGCGACGGCAACCCCCCCUACGGCACCACGACUGUCCAGUGGAUCUGGCGAUUGUCCUUCGCCAUCCCCGCCGUAGGAACCCUCUGGCUCGUCUACUACCGCUCGUACAAGAUGCCCCACGCCAGCCGCGAGCUCGCGGCGGCCAAGAAAAAGAGCAACGUCACGGGCUACGAUGUCGAGUCACUGAGCCUGGCGUGCACCUUCUUCGGAGGGCGCCUGCUCGCCACGGCCGGCACGUGGUUCUGCAACGACGUCUUCUUCUACGGCAACAAGCUCUUCCAGGCCCAGUUCAUCGCCGUCAUCAGCAACAACCCGGACUCGGUCAUGACGGGCUGGAUCUGGAACCUGUACAACGUCAUCGUCUCGCUCGUCGGCUACUACCUCGCCUCCAUCCUCAUCGACAACAAGUUCUACGGCCGCAAGAUGAUGCAGCAAGUCGGCUUCCUCAUGUGCUUCAUCAUGUUCGUCGUCCCCGCCUUCAACUACGAAUACUACACCUCCCCGGCCGGCAUCAAGGCCUUCCAAGCCAUGUACUUCCUCUCCAGCUUCUUCAACCAGUUCGGCCCCAACAGCGUCACCUUCCUCGUCGCGGGCGAGGUCUUCCCGACCCCGAUCCGCGCCUCCGCCCACGGCUUCAGCGCCUGCGUCGGCAAAGCCGGCGCGCUCCUCGCCUCCGUCCUCUACAACUACAUCGACACCCAAACCAAAUUCUACGUCGUCCCCUGGUUCGGCCUCGCCGGCAUGCUGCUGACCUGGCUCUUCCUGCCCGACACGACCGGGCUCGACCUCAAAGAGCAGGAGCGCCGGUGGGCCUACAUCCGCGCGGGCCGCGACGCCGACUACCACGGCAUCGCCAUCCACCCGAAGCACCUCUCGCUGUGGGAGCGCAUGCGAGGGGUGGGGCGGCACUACGACCCGGAGCGGGACAUCAAGCAGCGCAUCGAGGACAUGCGCGAGGAGUGGGCGGGCAAGGAGCGGCUGCGGCGGCAGCGGGAGGCUGGCGGGGAGGCGGCUGGGCUUGAGGCGGAGGAGGUGGAGGAUGAGGAGUGGACGGAGCGGGUGAAUGAGUAUUUUAAGAAGACGACCGAUGAGAGGCUAGUGACGGGCGAGGCGAAGGAGAAGGGGAUUGCCGGGGGGUCGCAGUCGCAGAUGCAGGCGAGUGAGAAAUCGGCGUCGGUUGCGUCGGCGUCGAGUUGAGGUGGCUACCUACCUAGACUUUCGAAUUUCUUUCGCAUUGUUGGUUUGUUUAAAGUCAUGAGCAUGAAGCAUUGGGCGUUUUGGAAAGGAAAACUUUAAAAAGUAGGCUGCUUGUUUGGCUGGGGUUAUGAAGAUAUAUUUCUGCUGCAUCUUUUAGAACUAGAACGGUCAUUGAGCGCCAGAUUCUAUAGCGAAGUCUACCAACUUUUGUCCUUGUUUGUGGUUGCUUAGGUACCUACUUAGCUAGUCCGACUCGUGUUCGACGUAGGGUG